AUGGCUCACGCGUGUCCAUCCGUUGGUAUCGAAUAUUCCUCAGUUAGAAACAUUAAAGAAGUUUUGCACGUCGCUUCAUCUCAAAAGUAUGAUUUUGUCGUUGUAUCCAUAAUACGUACACAAUAUGGCUCAGAAUUAUUAAAUUGUUAUGGAACACAUCAAAGUCGAUGGCCACGCAUAGCCAGUCGUCUCAAAGGCGUUGGUGAAAGUGCUGAAAUGUCCACAGCACUUGUGGCUUGUGUUAAACAUGUAGCUGGUAUCGAUUCAUCCAAUAGAGAACGACGUGACAAAGCAAAAAAAUUGUUGAUGGAUGAAUUGGGCAUAGCACAAUAUUUUUCGGUUGCUCGUGUGGUUAUUCGUGUUCGAAAUUGCAACUAUUGGUUUGUGUUUCCAACACGUGCCCGACAAAAACCAGAUGGCACAUCUUUCGACAUCGAUGAAGGUGAUGAAGCUGAGUUAGAAACAUGGCUGUGGUGGAAUAAAAUACAAAAAUUGUGUCACUAUCAUGGGAAAGUGUAUCCCGUCCUUGGUGAGGAAUUAUCAGCGGAUGUUAUGUCUGAAAAAGCACAAAAACGUUGGUUGGGCGAGCCAGUGCGAGCAAUCAUAUUACCAACAAGAAUAUUUUUGUCAAAUUCUCGAGGUUAUCCAAUAUUAUCCCAACCACAUCAACAAUUUAUUCUGAAAAUGAUGAAACUGAAAGUACAGUUUGUUAUCAAAGGUAUUAACCCAAAUGAUUCUGGAACUUUUGAACUUUAUCAACAAUACCUCAAACAUAUUACAAAACAAUCCGAACCGACAAAUCGUGUUCUUGAGUCAUUUACACAUGGUUAUGAAGAUCGUUUACAAAUACCAUUGCAACCACUAGCCGAUAAUUUGGAAUCUCGUACAUAUGAAAUAUUUGAAAAAGAUCCAAUUAAAUAUGUCCAGUAUGAAAUGGUAUAUGCAACUGAUUAUUUUUAA